AUGGUGGAGAAGGAGACCAAAGCAGACUUCAAAUCUCGAAACAAAUUGUAUGAUUGCUUAACGGUGUAUGAGUUUGAGAAGCAAUUUCAUGCUACCUACACAAAUGUGAAAUUUAAAGAAGUUCGAGUAGAAUUGAAGAGACUACUGUAUCGUCAUGCGACUCUUGUGAAGGAUGAGGGAUCCAUUUGUACAUAUCAUGUGAAGGAAGCUGUGCUUGUGGGUGACAAAAUGAAGAAAGUUGAAUUUGUUGUAUACUUUAAUUCAACUGAAUUUGAAAUGCAAUGUGUGUGUCAGUGGUUUGAGUUUAGGGGGAUCAUGUGUGCCCAUUCCAUUAGUGUGCUCAUUGAGAGGUGCAUAUAUGAGGUUCCAGAUAAGUACAUUAUGCCAAGAUGGAGAAAAGAUUUGGAAAGAGGGUACGCAUGCAUUCCAACAACAUACACGAAAUUCGGGGCAACUCUUAUUGCAAAGGUACAUGAUAACUACCACAAGACACUGGAUGGAAUUAUAGAAAUUACUUCCAACGAUGAUGGUAAACACAAAGCCAUUCAACUUGGGUUGAGAGAAAUCAAGGAAAGAGUAAGAAAAGAUGAAUCUAGUUAUGCGAGUAACGUGCCACUUUCUAGUAGUACUGUCCCAUCUUGUAGUAGUAAUGUGCCACCUUCUAGUACUACUCGCAAGGUGCUUAGUCCUUUGGUUGCUUGCCGAAGAGGCCGUCCAUGUACGAAACAGAAGGUGAGCAAGAUGGAUGAAAUAGUGAAUCGGUUGAAGGGAAAGAAUAAAAAGGCACCAAAAGUCCAGGGUCGUAAGAUGGGUCAAUGUGAACCUCGCAAGUUGAAUUUUGGUUGUACGGAUGCCAUGGAAGACAAUAUAUACGAUCGGGUGCUGCAAGGUCAAUCCUACUAUUUUCCUUGUAUGGAUGGGACACAAGAGAGGGCAUUGCAAAUGGUUGACAAAAUUGGAAGCUCAUUUUUCAGUGAAUCAGGAAUGGCGAAUAUAGAUGGUUCAACUUUUGUGGACUUGAAUAUAGAUGUGGAUCCGAACGCUCUAUUCUGCACAGGUUUUAUUGGAUCAUGA